AUGGAGACGCAGCAUUCCACUGCCCGUGGGAAGGGAGAGCCCGUUAGUCUGCAGGCAACCCCCGACUCGGCUUCCAGUUCGAUGACGCCAAACGCAGACCAGCUGACCAUGCGCAGCAAAUCCUGGGUACACAGUCUCGCCAAAGUCUCACUUCUCGCCGUCACCUUCCUCUCUGGCUGGGUAUGCUCCCGCGUCCCCUUCGACUUCCUAGGCUUCAGCCAGCCGCACAGAACCCCCGCGCCUGGCCAGGAUGGAGUUCUUCGUCCGCUGCGGGCUGCGGAUCUGCCUAUCGAGACUUUCCUCGAAGGUGUGACGCUUGAGAGGGAGCUUCCCUACGCGCCGGCGGACUUUUCUUCCUUCAGUUUUGAUGGCGAGGGCGCGGCGGAUAUCGUGCAGACCCCGCUCGUGGCGCCGCGCCGACUCUCCGAGAACACCCCCCCUGAGCCGCCGCCGCUUCCAGAAAAGCCCGAGGAUGCGUCUCACGGGAAGAAUGGCGAGGCAGCCCGCCGCGCCACGUCGCUAGCCGCGAACUUCAAGGAUGAAGUCCUACCUCCGCGGAAGAAAGACGUCGUCAAGCUCCGCGUCUUGAAUCCGCACAUGUUUCGAGCGGAGCUGUGCCCGUUUCUGCGGAUCGGCGACGGCCAGGUGAAGUCCUGGUACGCGCUGCUGGUGCUGUACAUUGCGGAGUGGCCGGCGUAUGCGCAGACGGGGAACGGCGGCGAGCGCUUCACUGAUCAGCUCCGCGCCUUCUCUGAAAACUUCGCGCCGCCGGAAAACACCACCAUCCAGGGCCGCGCGAUCUUUCAGGCCGAAAUCGACUGCGGUACCCCCAAGGUGUUCAAGGAAGGGCUCGACGCAAUCAAAGGAGACAUCCACAACUUUGAGGACCUCGUCCGCAUUUUGAAAACUAUCGCGAAGGCCGAGCCGGACUUCGCCAACCUCUUGGACUACACCCAGUACUCCAAGCUCCCGACGAGGGCCGCGGUCACAGGCUUUGCGUUGAUUCUGCGUACCGCGUUCGAGGGAAUGGUUUUCAGUUUCUGCAGGCCGCUAUUCCUCAAAAACGGGAACAAAGGUAAUUUCUCGCGGAACGAGUUGUACAGCAACGUCGUCUGGCUGUUUCACCGCAACCAGCAGCAGUACUGGAUGCUGCUGCUGGUUGCCAAGAUCCUCAAGCAAGUCGUCUCGGCGCGGCCCCACAGCGGCAUUCUGAUUUUGAAAAGCGUCGCGCCGAUCAAUAUCGGAGGCAAGGGCGGCAGCGGGGACGGGGAGAAGGGACAGACAGUGGAGACGAUCUACGGGGUGGGUUCAAACAACACGCUGCAGGACAUCGUCGCGGGGAACAUCAAACAGAAGCUGGAGAAGUCGAUGUCCCGCUUCCAGAACUUGUCGACUGAGCGCGGGAUGCUGAGUUCGGCCAAGGGAGUGCUGCAGCCGCAAGUUUUUGUGACGGGCUACUACGCGAAGAACGCGCGCGGCGCGCACGUCGAGGAGGGCCUCUUCGGCAUGGAAGUCGAGAGCGACACGCUCACGGAGCUGAAGGAGGACUUGCGGCCGAGCAGCGUGCUGCUGCAGAUCUCGCUCGUGGACGAGUGGAACUUCAAAGAUCCGCGGGACUGGCCUGAUCCGCGCAAGAGCGAAAUCGACGUCCUAACAGCGCACACAGCCGUGCAGAUGUUGCGCGCGGAGCUGGAGUGGGAUCCGUCGCUCGGCACCCUCGGCGCGUUCUCCGUCGCCUACACGGGCUUCACAGACAUGUACACGCGCCAGCGCCCAGACCCUGAAAACCACUUUGACCAAGACGUCCACCUGCUCAUCGUCGACGAGCUUGCGCGCUUCGGCCGCACCGGCGCGGAGGAAGGCUGCAAGAACAAAAUCAGCAACUUAAUCGCCGAAGAGCCGCUCCACAUCAAGCGCGUCUUUGACCGCGACCGCAUCUCCGUCAAGGGAACUGCAAAGAUCCUGCCCGGCAGCGACAUCUUCAUGCGCGGCAACUUCGGCCUCGGACUCUCGCUGGAGCUGCAGCGCGAAGCUGAGAAACUCCUCAGCCCAGGAGCCAUCAUGAUCCACGUCUACAUCAAAGGUCUAGGGCGAAUGACGUCGGAAACAAACGACCUCGACCUCACAGCCAGCGAGAUGGUGAACCGCCUGCUGCUGCGGUCUCGGGGCUACUACGAAAUCCCCGUUGUCAAAACUGUCACUCCGACAAGCAACCAGACGGUGGAGGCGCGGUCGAUUGUCAACUGCAGCAACAAGGUGCCCGACUGGGUCGUCGUGGUGUCGUCUUGCAGCAUCGUGGUCUUCUUCGUCGUCAUCGUCGCGUUGCUCAUGUACCACGACAAGAUGAAGUUGCCUUGGUGGCUGAACUGCAUAUGCAGCAGCAGUUCACCGUGGGGCGGCGACCAGGGCGAUUUGAGUCGCGACCCGACCGCCGUGGAGAUCCCCGCAGAAUACGACAAGGCGAGCAUUCCCGAGCUGACGGGCCUGGAAGGUGUGGGCGACGGGAUCUCGGGCUACGACGCCGUGGAGGGCCGCGGCUGGCUGCCUGCGACCGCCAAGUGGGUCGGCGACAAGAGUCUCUCGGUGCACCACUCCUCGAUCAAGAGUGAAUCCCAGAGGCGGCUCUCAGGCUACACGUCGAGUGCGCCUUCGGUGAGCUGCGGCCACCCCGAGAAGCUGAGGCACGUGGACGAACGGCACUUCUCGCGGACAGACAACGCCGCUCCCGUGCAGAGUGUGCCUUCUGUCUUCUCGCGAAAGACGUCGCCGGGAGACGAAAAGCUUUAG